UUACCUCUCCAGUGUCGAUCCCGCCGCUCGUGAGGUGACACAGUUUCAGGUCAGGUCAAUACGAUGCAUAGUUCCUGUUCAGUGCUUUGGUGCUAUAGUGACAAAAGGAAGACUGCAGGCAAUGGAAUUAGGUACUUUCGAUUUCCAAAAAACGAUGAAAUUAGAAAGCAGUGGGUUCGUGCCUGUGACAGGGUCGAUGACUUUAAUUUAAAAAAUGCAGUGGUGUGCUCCAGGCAUUUUACGCCAAAUGACUGUGCAAGAGACCUCAAAUAUGAAUUUUUACAAACUGAAGUUCCAAGACGCAAGAGAUCAUUGAAAGAAGAAGCUGUUCCAUCCCUGUUUUUAACUCAAGAUGAGUGCUCAGCUCAAGAGACAACAAAUAAUGAUGUGGAUGAUGUUGGACUCAUACAGGAUGUGUCUUAUGUGUCAUGCACCUCCAGCAGUGAGACAAAUGAGUGCUCAGCUCAAGACACAACAAGUACUGAUGUGGAUGAUAAUGGACUCCAGCAGGAUGUGUCUUAUGUGUCAUAUGCACCUCCAGUAAUGAUGCAAACCUGCCCUUGGACGUGCAUAUUGCUGCAGGAUUUGCUGACACGGCAAAUGAUUGUACAUGUUUAAAAGAAGGUGGUUCUACAGAAGAAACCAGAAGAAACUGAGUACAGCUUAGCUCAUAAGAUAAGCGAACAACAUUUAAAUGUAUGGGGUCAGCAACGGCAGUGCGUCAAGUAUGCUGUUCAGCUUUUAUCAGAAUCCUGUUCCAAAGCACUAUUUUAUAUGGGUGAGAGAGGUCUUUUAAAAAGUAAUGAUUACCUUGAAACAGCACAUUUUAUAUUUUUGGUAGAUGAAUGGUUUGAUAUUUUAAAAUCUUCAAGUAAAUUGGCUGACAAAAGUUCUAGAAAUGGAUUUGGAAUCAACUUAGAAUACCAGGAACAAAUCUUGCAAAAAAUGAUUCAUGAAAUAAAGGUGUUGAGAGGAGAAAUGCUAGAAGAUCAAGACUUUCUCAGUUUCAGAAAGGGAUUUUAUUGUCAUCCAUGUCACUGAUGGGUCUCCACAAGAUGUUAAAUGAAAUAUUUGGGAUUGAAUAUAUUUUGACUCGGAAACUAAACCAAGAUUGCCUAGAUUUUUUUUUUUUUUUUUUUUUUUUUGAUGCAUAAGACAAAUGCAAGGGACCCAUGACCAUCCAAGUGCCAUUCAAUUCAAAUAUCGUCUCAGAAGCCUGCUCUUGGCUAAGGAAGCAAGACUGAUUUCCCCAAAAGCAAACUGCACUGAGGAUGAUGCCAGUGGUUUUACAGCUCUUUAAGUGUUUUUACAGAAAAUGUAAACAAGGAUAAAACAUACAAUGAACAGGAACUAGCUGAGGAGUUAUAUAUCACUAGUGUGUGUUUUAAAGACCUGGAUAUAGAUCCAGAAGCAGAAAGUGAUGUGGACAAUGAUUUAGAUACAACAAUUGACCUGCAACAUUCUCCAAGUAGAGUUCUCGAAGAGGAGUCCUUGAGAUAUAUAGGAGGAUACAUAGUAAGAAAAUUUAGUGUUAAGUACCCACAUUUAAGUGGACAGAAUGCAGAGUGUCCAUCAAACAUGGAAUCCUGGAUUGGGUUUAUAAACAGAGGAGCCCUGUAUCAUCCUUCAGAGGACUUUAUGGCUCAACUAAUGAUGAUGCGGAAUACAUUUAAAGAAAUUCAUGGAUCAAGUCUGAAAGAAGGUAAAAACUGUGUGAACACAAUUGCUUCUAAACUUACACUUGUGAUUUAAAAUCUUCCUCAGGAUGUUGUAAUGUUUUUUGCUAAAAUUUCUGUGUAUUUUAGAAUCCGGUAUCUGAACAGAGAAAUUGAAUUUGCACGAAAAAAGGGAAAAAACUUGUAGAAAUAAAAUAAAAAAAAAAUGAGAAAGACCAUUGCUUGAAAGAUACUAUGGUCAGCAGGUUGCCAAAGACUAAUAAACAGCAAUUUUGUAUAUUGUGUAAGUAGUGUAGUGUAAGUAAUAAUUUUUUUUUUUUGUAUAUCAAUGUAAAUUAAUGUUAUAUCAU